UAAUGAAAAUUAUCUAUCAAUUAAAUUAUGACCACAAUUUUUUAAGUAAAAGUUUUAUAGAAAAUUUAAAAAAUAUUAUUCGUGUUAAUACUGAAAAUUUUGUAACCAAAAACUCAUGUUUUGGUCAGAAUUUUAUUUAUAUCAGUGUACUAUUUGUUUUUUCAUAAAAUGAGUUAUUCUUUUAAAAAUGUGUUGUAUCGUUUUAAUAUAAAUGUUCGGUACAGUAGUUCGUUAAAAAUUAACAGUAAACCUUUGCGCAAUCAUUUAAAACAUAAUUCCAAGUUUUUAGAUUCAUUGCGAAUUCAUGUUAAAGGAGGAACUGGCGGUUUUGGAUACCCCAAAUAUGGUGGCCUUGGGGGUAAAGGAGGUGAUGUUUGUUUAGUAGCUACUGAAGGUAUGACACUUAAAGAAUUUUUAACUAAAUAUCCUCAUAAAAAGUUACAAGCUGAAACAGGUGGCAAUAGUCAUUCCAGACGUAUACUAGGAUUAGUUGGACAAGAAAAAAAGGUUAAUGUUCCCAUAGGUAUUUCUGUGUAUGAUGACAAUAAUAGAUUGAUUGGUGAUUUAAAUGAAGAUAAAUCAGAGUUAAUUGUUGCUAAAGGAGGAGAAGGAGGUUGUAAAGUAAAUGGCUUCUGUGGUAAAAAAGGAGAAAGCCGAUCUAUCAAACUUGAAUUAAAGCUCAUUGCUGAUGUUGGUCUAGUUGGCUUUCCAAAUGCUGGAAAAUCCACUUUACUUAAAUCUAUUUCAAAUGCUAAAACAAAAAUUGCAUCUUAUCCUUUUACCACACUCAGGCCAAAUAUUGGUAUUAUGUCUUAUAAAGAUCUACGCCAAAUAUCCAUGGCCGAUUUACCAGGACUUAUAGAAGGUGCUCAUUGUAACAUUGGAAUGGGUCACAGAUUUCUGAGACAUGUAGAACGUACUAAGUUAUUACUUCUAGUAGUUGAUAUCAAUGGUUUUCAGUUGAGUCCUUUAAAAAAGUUUCGGUCAUGUUUGGAUACUAUAGUACUACUCAACAAAGAACUUGAAUUGUAUAAAGAAGAUUUAUUAGAAAAACCAGCUAUGCUACUUAUUAAUAAAAUGGACACUGAAGGUGCUAAAGAAAAAUAUUUAGAAAUUCAAGAAAAAAUAGAAAAUUUAAAUGAUGCUAUUUAUUUAUAUCCUGAAGAUGUAAGACCAAAAAAAGCAAUAAAGUUUGAUGAAAUUUUACCAAUCUCAGCAAAAAAUGAACCAGGAGAUAUUGAAUAUGUUAAAACAAUUAUUCGCGAUAUUUUGGAUAUCAAAGAAGAAAUAAAUAAUGUUACUGAUAAUAAGUCAUUGAAUAAACUUAAAGAUAGUUUAAGAGAACGAGGGCCUGUAUUAGUGUAAAUGCCUUUUUUAAAUUCUAUUUUCGUUUUAAUUAUUGUUAUAAAUAUUUUCAUGUAAAUCAAAUAUAUGGGUUUAUAUUGUA